GAGCGUGUGUGAGCCAGCAGAGCCGCCUGUGUGUUUACAUGUCAGCCUAUCAGUGCUGCCGGAUUUAGCGCAUCUGGAGAGGACGAAGGCAUUUCUCAAAUGCCCAUCAGACAAGGGAUUCUCAUCGCUGCAUAUAUCCCUCUUUCCCAUUUGAAUCCAGCCUGUCUUGAAUCCUGCAUCUCUGUCUCCAUGCUUUCGGAGGCAUUUUGAAUUUCCUUGGCAACAUGGAGCUGCCUGAAUUAGAAUUCUCUGCAUGACAGUCCUGGUAAGAAGUAGGAUGGUGUCUGGGGAAGCAGGAGGGCACAGCUACUUAGUGGCGUGCUGGCAGCCAAUCCUGAUCCUGAUGCUGGGCACCGUCCUUUCUGGCUCCACCACCGGUUGCCCCUCACGGUGUGACUGCAACGCCCAGGAGCGUUCAGUCGUUUGCCAUCGACGGAGAUUGGCAGCUCUUCCUGAGGGCAUCCCCACUGAAACAAGGCUGCUAGACCUCAGCAAGAACCGUCUGAAAACUCUGGGGCCCGAGGAGUUCAUUAAUUACCCUCAGCUGGAAGAGCUGCAACUUAACGAAAACACAAUUUCAUCCAUUGAGCCUGGGGCUUUCAGCAACCUUAUGAACCUUCGAAUUCUAGGUUUGCGCAACAACCAGCUGAAGCUCAUUCAGCUGGGGGUGUUCACAGGCAUGACCAACCUCACCCAGCUGGAUAUUAGUGAGAACAAAAUUGUUAUUCUACUCGAUUAUAUGUUCCAAGAGCUGUACAACCUGAGGGCUCUGGAGGUUGGUGACAAUGACCUAGUAUUCAUCUCACCCCGAUCCUUUCACGGCCUCAGCAACCUCGAAAGUCUCAAUAUUGAGGGAGGAAAACUGUCCGCAGUACCCACUGAUGCCCUUAGCCAUCUGCAUAACUUACUGUCACUUCGAUUGCGCUAUCUCAAUGCCACUGUCAUAAGGGAUUACUCCUUUAAGAGACUGUACCGACUCAGAUUGCUAGAGAUUUCUCAUAUGCCUGCCCUGGAUACCAUGACCCCAAAAUGCUUGUUUGGACUCAACCUCACAUCACUGUCCAUCACAAACUGUAAUCUUAGUGCCAUCCCCUAUCAAGCCAUCAGUCACCUAAGAUAUCUUCGGUUUUUGAAUCUGUCUUUCAAUCCCAUCCAGACCAUGGAAGGGAACCAACUGUUCAACCUGCAGAAGCUCCAGGCUUUUCAUUUGGCUGGUGGGAGAUUAGUUGCCAUUGAGCCCUACUCUUUCCGAGGACUUAACCACCUUCGUGUUCUCAACGUAUCCAGCAAUAGCUUGAGCACCCUGGAGGAGUCGGUCUUCCACUCAGUGGGAAACCUGGAAACCCUGGCUUUGUACGACAACCCAUUGGCCUGUGACUGUCGUUUGCUCUGGGUCUUCCGCCGGCGGUGGAGGCUCAACUUUAACAGGCAACAGCCCAUGUGUGCCUCACCUGAGGCUGUGCAAGGAAAAGAAUUCAAGGACUUCCCAGACAUCCUCCCUUCUGACUAUUUCAUCUGCCAGAAAUCAAAAAUUGUUGAUUAUAAAGUCCAAGAAAGUCAUGUGGAUGAAGGAACUACAGUUCAUUUCUCUUGUCAGGCUGAGGGUGAUCCAGUCCCUGUGAUAAUGUGGCUAUCCCCCAAGAAGGACUAUAUCACUACCAAAACUGUGGGGUCAAGACUUUCUGUCUCUAAUGAUGGCACACUGGAGGUGCGUUACUCCCAAAUCCAGGACAACGGCACCUACUUGUGCAUUGCAAGCAAUGCAGCUGGCAAUGACACCAAAGCUGCUCAUCUUUUUGUGCAUAGCUACUCCCCCAAUUGGCCCCACCAGCCAAACAAAACAUUUGCUUUCAUUGCCAACCAGCCAAGCGAUGAGGGUGCUAAUGUGACCCGGACCACUGUUCCGUUUCCGUUUGAUGUAAAGACACUCAUCAUUGCAACCACCAUGGGAUUUAUCUCUUUUCUCGGAGUUGUACUCUUCUGUCUUGUAAUAUUAUUCCUCUGGAGUCGAGGGAAGGACAACACUAAGUCAAGUAUAGAGGUUGAAUAUGUGCCUCGUAAAGAGGAAACGGAGGAGCCCAGCCCAACUGAGGCACCCAUACAAUUCAACAUGAAAAUCAUGUGAACAUCAAAAGGAGGCCAUGUAAGCUUAAAAACUGCAGUCGAGAUGCAUACUAUCCUCGCUUCAAAUACAGUAUGUACUCAGUUUAUGAGCGAUAGAAAUUGCACAGCAGCAAACGCAUCUUGACACUAUACCCAAAACUUUUGUUUUUUACUUCAGGGACUGAAUCUUCAAAAUCAAAUGUUGAACUUCAAAUAUUAAGAUUUCUGUAAAUUUGUAUUGGCAGUUCUCAAUCAGUAUGUUAACAUGCACUGAGGAACCUGAUGGUUGGAUGGAACCAAAUUAAGGUAAUAAGUUUGAAUAAAGCACAUGGAACACAGUAGACAAUUCCCCAAUAAACUAAGUUUACAUGAUAGGUGGGUUGGUGUCUGGGAGGUUGUGGAGAUUAGUUUGCUAGUAUCAUUUGUUUAGCCCUAUAAAUAGGAGAAAGAUAUCUUUGUUAGGAUCUUGUUGCUGUAUUUGAUGUCUUUUGCUUUGAUGGUUGUACAAAGCACAAUAACCCAUUCUUGGGUCUGUUCGCUUCUCUUUCCUUUUGUGUGUGUGUCCAAUCAAAAGCAAAUGACUAACUAUUAAAUAACCAUUAUGGACACUUUUGAAAAAUUAACAUUUAAAAAAUAUAGAGAUAUACUGAAACACUGAGUGGUAAUAUUACCAAAAGAGACCACAAAUGUUUGGAUCUCAUUUCUCUGAAAUUGGGAUCAAUUGAUGAGUUAGAAAAAGAGCAGGCAGUGUAUUUCACUAUCUGCCAUGUGUCAGUGAGCAGUGGCCUUUAACCAUUUUACAACAUCAUCAAAUUGUGUUUUGAUGUUGUCUUUGCACACUUUGGCACUGUUCUCCAAAAGAAACCAUGUCCAAAAUUUCAAACAGUGGCCUUUAUCUCCAUUUCUUGUCACAGAAAAGUAUUGCUGUUGAUCGGGCUUCAAUUUUACUGUGUCUGUUUGUUAUAUCUGCAGUAGUUCUUUAGUCUGGUAACAGUCAAGUUAGAGGGCAUGUUAACACACUGAAUCAGAAAAGAAAGCCAGUCUUACAGUAUGUGCUCCUUUCUGCCAGCAAGGGAAGUUUGUCAUUAAAUGUACUGACAUGUUCAGCAAUACAUUUUUUCUGUAUUUUAUUCUUGUACAUUAUGCUAUGGCACAAUAGCACUGCUUUUAAUGGCUGUGGGUUUUGGACAUAUUACAGUAUAAAGAGCCGAUUAAAUAAUCAUUGAAAAUGUUUUUAAUGCACCGAAACCAAAAGAGUGUUACUGCUUUUCAAAGUGUGUAAGAGUACCCUUGAGAAUAAUCAGAUUAACAAUUCAUCAUCAAAGUUAAUUUGUUUAGCGAUUUGGCAGCUCAGUCAGUGGAAGCACUCUGUCCAAGUCCUGAGGUUAUACUGUCACCAAUGCAUCUCAAAAGUGGUGAUAUUGUUAAUUUGUUAAUGUUAAAAGUCGAGUAGCACUUAUGGUAUAAAGAAUAACUUUAUAGUUGGACCCUUAUAUACUUCAAGUGUUGUUGGUGUUUGGAUGUUUAGUUUUUUUUAUCCUUUCUCCAUGCACCUUGGAAGAAGGUGAAACUGUGCCAGAAACCCCUACUCUACAUUUUUAAUUUGUUGCCUUAAGUAACCCAUUUUCUGGCUUUCAGCUGAGCAAUACCCAAUAUUUAUGUGCAAAAUGGAGUUUUAUGCCUCAUAAGGAUUUUAUGUUGUCUAAUUAAUUUCACAGUCAAGGUCUGCUCUGAAGAUAAUGUGUUCAUUAACGCUUAAAAUACUUGUUUGAAAGGGAUGGG